AUGAGUGAAGGCGGUGCGGAUUUACCGCCCACUGGAGGUUACGCGCCGAUCCGAUACAAGCGGAACUUGCCGGCACGGGGCCCCAGUGGUGUCACGCUCAUUGCUGGCAUUAUUGGGAUUACCGCAUUUGGAUUCUACCGCAUGGGUCAAGGCCAAAUCGAGAAGCGGUACGGAGAUGAACGUCGUGCUCAUAACAGCGAACUGGCCCGCGAACGCGCAUGGAGCCGUAUUUACCUGACCCCUUUCCUCCUUGCGGAAGCAGAUCGUGAUUCUUUCCGUCGUGAACAUGCUGCUAACCUGCGCGAGGAACAGGUCAUGAAGGGUGUACCCGGUUGGGAGGCCGACAAGCGCGUGUACAACACGAAGCGUUACACGCCAAGUAACUAUGUAGUGAUGUAA